AUGCUAAUUCGUGACGCCUACAAUUCCCACGCAAUCAUCCUCUUCGCCCUCGCCCUCUCGCCCUCCCUCGCCUCCCACACUCAACACCCGGCCCCCCAAUCCCCCACCGCUACAAUCGACACCGGCCUCCUCACCGGCAAAACUACGCUUCUCCCCUCUGCCCCCAGCCCCGUAAACCAAUUCCUCGGCAUCCCAUUCGCACAAUCGCCACCCGAGCGGUUUUCGCCGCCGCGUGCGCCGCACAAGAGCAAAGCACCCCUACGCGCCACCGAGUGGAAACCCGCCUGUCUCCAGCAGUUUCGCUAUCCGUUGGCGAGUUCGCAGGUUACGCGGGCGGUGUUUAAUAGUUCGCCGCCGGUGGAGUUGGAGGAUUGCUUGUAUUUGAAUGUUUAUGCGCCGGUGGGCAAGGCGGGGGGGGAGGGGAGGGCGGUGAUGUUUUGGGUGUAUGAGGGUGUUGCAGUUUGGGAAUGCUGCUCCUUUGCUUCAUAUGAGGAUGUGAUUGUUGUUACGACGAAGUACAGAGCCAACGUUUUUGGCUUUCCGGCCGCCCCUGAAUUGUCACUGACGGAGCGGAAUUUGGGCUUUCUAGAUCAACGCUUCGCACUCGAUUGGGUGCAGCGUAAUAUCCACGCAUUCGGAGGGGAUCCAGACAAAGUCACGCUGUUCGGUGAGAGUGCAGCAAUCGACACCCUCCUCACCAGCUUUCCAAAGGAUAGUAGCCCGCCGUUUUGCGCCGCCAUUCUCCAAAGUGGCCGGUAUAGUUAUCGUCCUACUCCGUUCGUCUCCAGCAUUCCCGCAUGGAACAAUCUGACUGCUUCGCUGGGAUGUCCGGGAACGUACAGCAGAAACUUGACGUGCGUCCGAGCUGCGAAUGGGACGGCCAUUCAGAACAUCAUCAAUGUCAACUCCCUCGCCUUCAACCCAACCCCCGGCAACGUCAUCCUUGUUUCGAACCCCGCGAUGCGUCGUCUCAGCGGCGACAUUGCGCGUGUUCCAGUCAUGGGAGGAACGAAUGCUCAGGAAGGACGCGUUUUUGCACUCGGACAAACAACCUUGACGGCGUACUUGCAAGGUACAUUCGGUAGUGCUCCUGCAUCUCUCAUCCCUUCCAUCGAAGCCGCAUAUCGCACUCCCACCUCCAAUCUCACCGAGUACGACAUCAUUUCACAAAUCCUCACUGACCUCGUCUUCCAAUGUCCAACCGCCCUCUGGGCCAACGCAACCGCCUCCCUCGAUAUCCCCACCUGGCGCUACUACUUCAACGUCUCCUUCACAAAUACCCAAGUCCUCCCCAACCUCGGCGCUUACCACGCCUCCGAAAUCCCCCUCGUCUUUCGCACCUACGAUUGCGCAAACACGACUACCCAGCAAUCCGCACUCGCGCAGUCCAUGCAGGCCGCAUGGGCCCGCUUCGCUAAGAACCCGCUCGCCGGGCCUGGUUGGAAUUCAUUGGGGACGGGGGCGCGAGGGGGAGUGGGGUUACGGUUUUGGAGCAGGGUGGGGUGGAUGGGAGGUGUGGGUUGUUUAGGGGGGUGUAUGAGGCUGUUGUUGGGGAGGGGGGGGGAUGCCGGGUUUGUGAAGGGAUGGAGAGGGAUGUGCGAGUUUUCCGUUCUUGUUUUUAAUUAA